UUUCCCGCCAUAUUGGAAUCUGUGACAAAAGUCUCAGUGAAGAAUAAUAAUCAUGCCAUCUGAAGCUGAAGUUGAGACAAUGCCAGUUGCCCAGGAGGCUGCCCCUCCUGCUGAGGCUCCCACUAAGGCUGCUGAGCCUGCUAAGGCUGCAGACCCAGCACCAAAGGUCGCAGAUGGAUCGGGAACCGAGUCUGAUAGUGAUGAUUCUAUGCCAGACUUGGAGCAGGAUCCAGCCGCUGCAGCUGUCCAAAGCCAGGUAGCUGCUGCUGCAGGAAUCACAGAGGAGAUGGUAAGCAAGGCAAAACAGAGCAGAAGUGAGAAGAAAAGUAGAAAGGCUAUGUCCAAACUUGGACUUAAACAAGUGACAGGUGUGAGCAGAGUAACAAUCAGAAAAUCAAAGAACAUUUUAUUUGUCAUCAGCCGACCAGAUGUAUUCAAAAGUCCCGCCUCUGAUACCUACAUAGUAUUUGGAGAAGCCAAGAUUGAAGACCUGGCCCAACAAGCACAGAUGGCUGCAGCUGAAAAAUUCAAAACCCCCGACGCAGCACCUGCUAUGGGUGAUGUGCAAAGCAUGGUGACACAACCCAUCGCAGAAGAAUCUGAUGAGGAAGAGAUUGAUGAGGGUGGUGUGGAAGGAAAGGACAUUGAACUUGUCAUGUCGCAAGCGAACGUCUCGCGUGGAAAAGCAGUAAAAGCCCUCAAAAAUAACGAUAAUGAUAUAGUAAAUGCAAUAAUGGAGUUAACGAUGUGAUCUUGAUGGACUGAUUGAUAUCUCAUUUGUAUUCUGUUUUGUUUUUACUUGAUUUUCUAUGAACAAUGCUAAUAUAUGUACCAUAUCUCCCAAGCCAUGAAUAAAAAAUUGCAAAAAUAUAUACCAAAAGAAUGUACUUUUAGUUCAGUGAUUAUGCCAUUAUGUUUGAGAUCUGUUGAUGUGUUGAGAUUAGGGGUCCCGCAAUUGCUCGGAUUUGCUCGAGCAAUACGCCACGAUACGAGCGUAU